AUGGGGCCCUUUGUUCGCUGCAUGCUUGUACAUGAAGAACGUAUUGCAGGAUGUUGUGCCAAAACAACUAUUGCACCACUGGACCGAGUAAAGAUUUUGCUGCAAGCUCAUAACCACCAUUACAAACAUCUAGGAGUGUUUUCUACGUUGCGUGCUGUCCCAAAAAAGGAGGGUUAUCUUGGGCUGUAUAAAGGAAACGGGGCAAUGAUGAUUAGAAUCUUUCCAUAUGGUGCAAUUCAGUUUAUGGCAUUUGACCAGUAUAAAAAGGUAAUAAAGAAGCAACUUGGGAUUUCAGGGCAUGUGCAUCAAUUAAUGGCUGGAUCUAUGGCAGUCACUCGGCCCAAAAGUAGCCAAGGAAAAUUAGGGCAAGGUAUUACAGCAGUGAUUUGUACUUACCCUCUUGAUAUGGUUAGAGUUCGUCUGGCGUUCCAAGUAAAAGGGGAACACAAGUACAUGGGAAUUAUCCAUGCAUUCAAGAUGAUUUACACAAAGGAAGGUGGUUUUCCCGGGUUCUACAGAGGUCUGAUGCCAACUGUUGUAGGAAUGGCUCCAUAUGCGGGUUUUUCAUUUUUUACCUUUGGUACCUUAAAGAGCAUUGGACUUGCUCAAGCACCUAACUUGCUUGGACGGCCUUCAUUAGACAAUCCUGAUGUCUUAGUUUUGAAAACACAUGUAAAUCUGCUGUGUGGUGGCAUAGCUGGAGCGAUAGCUCAGACGAUAUCAUAUCCACUUGAUGUAACUCGUAGGCGAAUGCAGUUAGGAGCAGUUCUCCCAGACUCUGACAAGUGCCUUACAAUGGUGCAGACACUGAAAUAUGUGUAUCAACAACAUGGAAUAAGAAGAGGAUUAUACCGGGGCUUAUCUCUAAAUUACAUUCGUUGUAUUCCUUCACAGGCUGUGGCUUUUACCACAUACGAACUCAUGAAACAAUUCUUGCACCUCAACUAAAACAUUUUUCAAACUUUACUGUAAAACUACACUAUCAGUCUUCAAACUCUAUUUGUGAGUAAAUUACUUGAAAUUUAAAAAUCUAUCUGUUACUAUGGAACUGCUGUUGUCUGACAACUUAGUUUUAUUUGCCAAAACAUGGUUAGUUUCCUGGAGUCAAGCCAGGGGACAGGUCAAAAUGAGCAGUAGUUAGCUAUAAGCAUUUGUUUGCACUUGAUCUUGUAAGCUUCCUUAGAUUAAUGUUAAGAAUUACACAGUUUUACAAUUAUGCCCAGAUUUUAUACGGGUUUCAAGCUGUUAGUUAUUUAGCUUUAUCACCAUUCCAGAAAUCAUACUCAUGGUCAUUUUGCUUUUCAGGCUAGUAGUUAGGCAUCUGUUCUUCUUUAAAAAUUAAAUUGAAAUUAAAAUUAAAAAAUUAAAUUGAAUAAGCUGAUUUGAAUAACACAUAAUGAUUUUAAAAUUCAAAUAUUUGUCGUCCUUGUAGAAGCUGAAUUCAGUAGACCCCAAUUUAAGCAUCAUUUCAUUCUUUUUUUUUGUACAAGUUUUCUGUACAGUAAGUACAGUAAGUAUGUAUUUCUGAACAAUACAUAUGUCUUCAGAUGGGUACAUAUGAAAGCCUCUUCAACCAUUUCAAUAACGAAUGAAAUGUAUUUAACGUUAUUAGCAAUCUUGCAAUAUCAGUUUCUUUGCACCUUCCCUUUAAAAAAAAAAAUCUCUAUCUAUCUACACAAUUAAAAACAGGACUGGGGCAAUAUUAGUUUUAUAACAAGAAGUGUUAGAAGAAAUCUUUUAAGCACAGGUAGCAUGGGCCUGCUCUUGCAACAUGUACCUUUUCUGUGGUGCUGAAUGUUCUCAAAUCAGCUUUCAGUAAGCUGAGUGUAUUAUGUACUUUCCACUACUGGCUCCUACGAACAGGUUUGUCCCUACCUUAAAACAUGGUGACAAACAAAACUGCAUGCUGCUGCAUUUACUUACUUGGGCACAUGGGUGAUAGUCAACCUCUUCGCCAAAAAAAAAAAACAAAAGGAUUGUAUUGGAGUCUGUAGAUGUGUAUGUGUACUGUCUCUAAAGUACGGUAUGCAAUAGACUAUUACACUUUUUCUUCUCCUACGAUUUCUUUUGUAAAGGAAUUACUUUCCAGACUUGUUUAUACAUGAUUUGCAUUGGUACUCUUGAUUUUAUUCACUUGAUUCAGGAAACUGUAAAGCAUUUACUUUAAGUGCUGUAAGUUAUUUAUUUAUUGUAAAUAUUUUAGCAGUGUCCUUUAAGAUUUGAUAAUGGUUAUGUUAACUAAACUGAUGGUUGGUAAAAUCAGCUUGCUUAAUUCUGGCGCAUUGACAAACUGGACUUUGAAUUAUAUAUCCAAGAAUUUUUGUGGCUUAUUUUUUUCCCCUAGUUUCUUAAAAUUAUAUAUUUCUUUGAUAUUUAAUAAUGUAGUUACAGAGAGAGAAUGAGAUGUAUUUGAAUUUAUUUUAUUAAAAAUCUUGAACUAAUAUCUUUGUGUGAUUUGUAAGUGUUGCAGCCAAAAAAAUGCAUGUUUCUGGAAUUAUCUGUAUGUUUCCCUCUGUAGGUAAACUUGCCAUAAAACUGUCAUUCUUAAUUAAAAGAGACAACAAUUAA